GCUGAGGCUAUCAGAGUCCUGGUGACAGGCGCCGCUGGCCAGAUUGCGUAUUCUCUAUUGCUGAGCAUCGCCAAGGGAGAUGUUUUUGGCAAAGAUCAGCCAAUCAUCUUGCUCCUUUUGGACAUAACUCCUAUGCUGCCAGUCUUAGAGGGGGUAGUCAUGGAGCUUCAGGACUGUGCCCUUCCACUUCUGAGAGACGUUGUGCCCACUGACAAGGAGGAGGUGGCCUUCAAAGACCUUGAUGUGGCCAUCCUGGUGGGCUCCAUGCCCAGGAAGGAGGGCAUGGAGAGGAAGGACCUGCUAAAGGCCAAUGUGGCCAUCUUCAAGAGCCAAGGAGCCGCAUUGGAUAAGUAUGCCAAGAAGACCGUCAAGGUGCUGGUUGUUGGAAACCCGGCUAACACAAACUGUCUGAUCGCGGCCAAGUCUGCUCCCUCCAUCCCCAAAGAAAACUUCUCCUGCCUCACACGUCUGGACCACAACCGGGCCCGCUCCCAGGUGGCACUCCGCUGCGGUGUCCCUGCCACUCAGGUGAAGAACGUUAUUAUCUGGGGAAACCACUCGUCGACCCAGUACCCAGAUGUUCACCACUGCAAGGUCAGCAUGCCUGCCAGCGAGCUCGCCUGCUUUGACGCAGUCAAGGAUGACGCUUGGCUUAAGGGAGACUUUAUAUCUACAGUUCAGCAGAGAGGUGCCGCCGUCAUCAAGGCCAGGAAGUUGUCCAGCGCCAUGUCUGCAGCCAAAGCCAUCUGCGACCACAUGAGGGACAUUUGGUUCGGCACCCAGGAGGGGGAGUUCACCUCCAUGGGGAUCUACUCUACUGGAAACUCCUACGGCGUCCCAGAGGACCUCAUCUACUCAUUUCCUGUCCAGAUCAAGGAUAAGACCUGGAAGAUAGUUGACGGGCUGGCCAUCAAUGACUUUUCCCGUUCCAAGAUGGACGCCACAGCAGCAGAGCUGAUAGAAGAGAGAGACACAGCUGUGGCCUUUAUCGGAGCAUAACUACCCCCAAGUGGGCCUGCCCUCCAGCAUGUACACAGAACCAGAACCCCAGAGCCCCGCCUGUGACGCAGAGCUCCAUAUGGAUUGUCAGGGUUUAUAUUUGUCCGCUGGAUAAGAUCUUUAUCUAUUAAUAUGAGUCUAGUUUUGGUCAGAAAAUACAGCAGCUUUGCUGUUGCAACUUUUCCUUUAGCUCGCAGUACAUGAAGUCCUAACUUUUAAUAAACCUCUUAUUGAUUAGAUUUUGUUCUCUGGAGGUGAGUGAAUGAAUGGAUGGAGACUACUGAUGCACUUAAAUCAUUAAACACUGACUGAUAACUCAGGGUAAAAUAAAAAUGUGUAUA